AAGCGCUGCAGCGCUUCCGGCAAAGAGACGAUGUCGUCUUGCCGACCUCGAUCAAGGAUUCCUCAAAUUUUGUACGACGAAUAACGUAAAGCAUGGCAUCUCGAGGUGGCACUCACGUUAGCGGCACUGAUGGCAGCGAUUUCAACCAUCGACAAAAAGUGGCAUCGCACUACCAGAUCAGUGCCAUUUACAAGACGCGACUAAAGACUGCAAUGCUGCUGCACUUCUUCCUAUUUCUGGCCAUGUGCGCCAAGCUAGCCGAGGACGUGCUUGAUCGGCUGGACAUCUUCAUCCUUGAGCUGGAGGAGCUGUAUAUCCCGAAGCCACUGCUUUGGGAGUGGGUCUGGCUGGCCAGCCUGGUCUUCACGGUGCCGGGCCUCACAGCUAUACGCCGCAAUCGUGCGAGCAACAUGAAGGUGUAUGUUGCCGGCACGUUCCUUCUGGGGCUGUGUCCCGUGAUCGGAGCUGCAGCCUACUUCUUCCGCGACAUGUACGGCUUUGUGCAGCAUGGUCACGCCGUCGAAGGUGUUGAGUUGUGGCAGGGCUACCCCGUGGCAGUCCUCUGGUAUGCCUUCCUCACCGUGGCCUUCCAGGCCCACAUGUUCUCACUCUACUUUGGCGUAAGGCUCAUCCUGGCUUGGCAACGUGGAACAGUCGUCAAGAAGGCCAAGUAACCAUGCUACGUGCCCACGUUGCUCCGCGGGGGUGCACACUCAUUGCAGCGUCCUGUAUGGCUGACCCUGUGCAGCAGUCUUCCUUCUUUUCUUUCUGUCCAUACACGUGUGGAGUGCACUGGACCAGUGUCACAGUUGUCGGUUGCUGACCAAGUGCCAGCUGCAGUGAGCCAGCCGCCUUGUCACUCAGUGCAAACCCUUCUACCCAACUCAGGAGCCUUUACACACACUGUCAGCUACUGCCAUUUCUAUUUACCCCAUUGUGUGUUCUUCCAGCACGGCCUUUUUUGUCCAAAAUCAUGCUAUCGGAAUAAAGUGUUGCAGUGCUUGCUUCAGGCUUCCUAGCUCUGUAUGCCUAAGUCAUAGUUUCUCCGACAAGACAGUGUACCUUAAAUAAGUCAAGUUUAUUAAGUGCAGAUACGAUGGCUACAGUUGAAUGAGAUUUGCUCAAUGUAAGACAUUACAGUAGUAUUCUGUGCCAUACUGUUUUCUAUGCCCACAGUUAAGUUGUAGUUAGUAUAUGUAUUGUGUCUUUUGUUUUCAUUGUCAUGUGCAAGUGCUCCCUAUGCAUACCGAACCGAAGAUUUAUGUAACUCAACCCCUGGCAUCACCUGCUGGAAUUUACAGCUCGGGAAAACCUUGGCAACUGGGAACUCUGGCACUGCUGUGGUGCACCAUAGUUUCUUAUGCAUCCUCUGUGAAGACACGUUUGCAGCAACUUUUGCGGGGAGAAGCGACCGUUCUCGGAGUGUGGCGUCUCCUGACAAUUUCCAGGGGACCACGGGAAUGUGCAUCUGUUUUGUGUGUGUUGUGCCUUCCUGGUGUCUAGUCCAUGUGCACAAAGCUCUGUGUUCUGUGGUGUCAGGAACAAUUCACAAGUAAAACAAAAAACUGUCAUGAGGAUGUUCUUCCUAUGCACAUCUAUAUACACAAGCUUGUGCUGAAGUUGACACUGGUAAGCUCACUAAGACAUCAGCCCCUCAAGAUGUUUGCCAUUGUAGUUUGGCACUGCUCAAGCUUGGUGAAUCAUUGGUCCUUCUUUUAAUUUCUGGUAUUUGGUUAUGUUAUCAGGAUUAUAAGACAUGCAGCUCCUCCAUAUGAUGUACCGUAGGUCAGUCCUUGGUGCUAUUAAGAAGGUUCUGUUCUUGUAACAAGCCUGGGAGGAGCCAAGAAUAGUUACAGGCAUAAAUCUUAACAUUAUUGCGGUGUUGCGGCCAUGUCUGGCAGGUUUGCUGCCUUGCUUUGAAGCUUUUCCUGUGUGCCUUAUGUUAGCCUUGUACAUGUUAUAAUAGUAAAGCUUUGUAUUCCCAUGUGUGAUUAGCACAGUCUUAAAUGUGGGAGCCUAUAAUAGUUGCAUUGGUUAUGACUCAAACAACUUGCUUUUUCAUCACUCCUGCAGGUUUUAAUUUCUUGCACAGCUUGGUGGAAAAAUUGGUCUUCAGAUAGUAACAACAGCAUGCUUAUCACUCAUUGCAUUGCUACUUUGAGAAUGUCUUGGUUUCACCCAAAAUAUAUAUGCCAUUGGCAUGGGUGGUGAAACAGUGUUCUGUUUGUUCUAACUGCACAAGAAGAAAAUGCAAAGUCAUUGCAAAGCUCUAUAGUGUGGGCAGAUGUAAAGAUAUGUUGCCAUUCAUGCAUAUUCUUACCUUUGCUUUCUACCCUUUUAUAUUAGACUAUGUUGUACACUAUUAGCACCGUGAAAACUGCAGCAGAUGCAGAGAUCGGAUAUAAAUAACAAAUUGAUCACUACUUCAGUCAAAGCAGUAAUCUUCUAACAAGCGUAUAAAGAUGUUAAUAUGAAAGAAAAUUGUCCCCAUAGGCACUUUGGCGAGCCAUGUAUUGGCAGACCCAGUGGGGGAAGUGUGCUUAGAGUAAAUCACCAGGUCUUCAAUGGCUGCUUCCCAAAGGUAACUGAGUAAUAUGACCAGGUUUCACACACUUUGCUUAUGCAACUUGUGCAGCCAAAUCUACAAGACUAGUGGUCAGAGGCGUCCCUGCCAAAUGCCGUUGUAUGCUGGGAACAGCAUUGAAACCCGAGACUAUUUUAUUUUUUGCGGCCUAGUGUGUGCAAAAUAAAAUUAUAAUGUGCUGACAGAGGGUGUUUGCGUGAUUGCUUGGAGAAAUGGAAAACUUGAAAAUGGCUGCCAUUUGUGUGAUGUUUCCACGUGGUGUGAUGACUUAUUGUGUGCACAUGUGUGUGCAGGAUCCCUGGUAGCUUUCAAUAUGUGGGCAUUGCUGUGGAGUGAUUUCUUGUAUGUGCCAGUGUGGUUCUGUUGGUGCUCUUGUUGGAAGGAAACUUCAGAUACUCCUGUUACUCUGGCGGGCUUGCUUUGGGGCUUGCACAGGUGUGCGGACUGUGAAUGCUGCAGGGUGUGUUUCAUUACUAAAAAACGGAAUGAUACAUUGUCCAACUUCUUACUGCCAACUGUUGUGACAAUGUGAAUGUGUGAAACCAUGGCGCAAUAAAUUAUUCCAGUUGUUUG